GGAUCAGUUUGAGGAAUGAAUCAUCAAAAUCAACAUAAGGUGUUCCGUAAACUGGGGAUGGUGGAAGGAGAUCUGGAGCGAGCUGAGUACCGAGCUGAGCAGGGAGAGAGUAAGAGUCGGCACCUGGAGGAGGAGCUGAAGACCGUCUGCAGCUCCUCAAAGUCUCUGGAGGCCCAGGCUGAGAAGUAUUCUCUCAAGGAGGACCGGUACGAGGAGGAGAUCAGGAACCUGAGCAACAAACUCAAGGAGGCAGAGAGCAGAGCGGAGGCUGGAGAGCGAACGGUUUCCAGACUGGAACGAACCAUUGACAGCCAGGAGGGCUCUUUGACUGCAGCCAGGAACGCCAACAUGGAGCUGCAGGCGACUCUGGACCAGACCAUGGAGGAGCUCAACUCAUGCUGAACCCCCCCCCCCCCCCCCCCCACUAACUGAACCACCCUCCUGCUACCCCCCUCUUAAUGAUUCCUGCUUCCCUCACAUUCCUGAAGCCCCCCCUCCCCUCGUAAUGAUUCCUGCUUCCUCACAUUCCUGAAGCCCCCCCUCCCCUCGUAAUGAUUCUCUGCUUGCCUCCCCACCACUAACAGAGCCCCCCCCCCCCCCCCCCCCAGACGAGGAGGAGCUUUGUGUCUAUAAGGGAGUUGAUUAACAGUGACCUCGUUAAGAAUUAAUUAAUUGUUAUUUAUUUUGGCCACACUAAUAAUGAAUGCUUGUUGUUUGAGCUGACUUCCUGUCAGCCGAUGGUUUAUUAUUUUGUGUCAGGUAGCCAAUCACUGCCAUGAUCGGUAAGUCCGGGGGCCAAUCAGAGACCUGAUGAACAAAGGGCAGGAAGUGAUGUCACAGCUCAUUGUAAUAAAUCAUGACAGGAUUUUCUAAAAAUAAAAGCACUGGUCUGUCAAA